AUGUACGCUCUGGGAUACGAGAAGAAGGAAAACUCGCGUCGUCGUUGCCACAAAAUCUUGAGGUCUAUGGAAAUGAAGCCGAUAUUUGUAGAUGAUUAUGAAAUCUGUGGGAAACGUCAUGAGUAUCAAAUCUACAAUUUUAAGUCUGAUUCAUGGAAUGAUAUUGAUGUGACUCCCAACAGGGACAUAAGGUUUUAUGGACAUGACGUGUCUCUCAAGGGAAAUACUUAUUGGCUUGUUCGAAGGGCUAUUAACUGGGAGCCACUAAGAUUCGGAAGACAAGAAAGAUGCGCAGGACGAGUAAGACUCGGAGCACAAGAAAGAUUUGGAGGUCAAGAAAGAUGCGUAAGAUUCGGAGGACAAGCAAGAUACGGAAGAGUUCAAGAACAAGUAAGAACUAUCCCUGAGAUCUUUUUACUCUGUUUUGAUUUUACAACUGAGAUAUUUGGACCACGUCUACGUCUACCGUUUAAAUCUCGCUUUGGCGAUAGCGUGACUCUAUCUAGUGCUAGAGAAGAGCAACUUUCAGUGUUAUGUCAGCGGUAUGAUACAUUACAGAUGGAGAUAUGGAUUAGUAGCAAAAUUGAGCCCGAAGCGGUGUUGUGGAACAAGUUGUUAGUAGCAGUGAAUAUGAAAACACUUCUUACUUUCCCAUUUAAACAUGGGAAUUUUUUUGUUGACGUGAGGAAGAAAGUCGUCGUAGUUUUUGCUAAAGACAGAAAGAAGCCGAGGCGCUGCGUUGCUUAUGUCAUUGGAGAGGAUGGAUAUUUAAAAAAAGUGGAUCUUGGAGAAUCUAGUGACGAACAUGGUGACCCAGUACUUGUGUGCCCUUAUGUUCCAAGCUCAGUACAAAUCAAGCAGGCUACACCACGAGGCAACCAUAUUGAUUAG